UUUGCGGUUCAGCAGACUCAAGCAUACAAUAGCAUCCACAUUACAUCUGCCGAACAUACGAAAUGAAUCCCCAAGUUUUCAGAGACUUCUUACUCUUCAGCUUAAUUAUAGCAGUUCCAGUUUACUGCUGCCAACAACCUUGUAUCUACCUAUCAAAUACAACGAACAUAUUAGCCGUUCCGUCGGCGUUAAACCAGCAACCMACGUCAGUGAUUUCGGGCCUAAGCCGAGCAGUUGCGCUAGACGUCCACGUAAGCAGUAGACUAAUCUUCUGGAGUGAUGUAACAGAACUUUCGAUCAAGAGAGCAAACGUGGAUGGAAGUAACGUGCAAGUCAUUGUAAAAAAUAGGCUUGGUGUAUGUGAUGGUCUUGCUGUGGAGUGGAUGAACAGUCUUCUUUACUGGACCGACACCUCAUUUAACAAAAUUGAGGUUUCACGUCUGGACGGAUCAAAAAGAAAAGUUUUGAUCUCAACCAAUUUGGACGAGCCACGUGGAAUUUCGGUGGAUCCACAAUCUGGAUUAAUGUUCUGGACCGACUGGGGUAAAGCCCCUAAAAUUGAAAAAUCGUCUCUGAAUGGAGAAGGCCGUCAGACAAUUGUGAGCUCUUCUCUUCAUUGGCCAAAUGAUAUUGCACUGGACCACAGUCAAAAGAAAAUCUAUUGGGUUGACGCAUUCCUUGAUAAAAUGGAGCAUUCAGAUUACUCUGGUGCCAAUCGAGUCCAGAUCUUUUAUAAUAACAUAAUUCAUCCAUUUGGUGUUGARAUUCUCAGCUCUUAUCUUUACUGGACUGACUGGAAUACGCAGUCUGGACUGCACCAAAUGGACAAGUCAACUGGCUCAUUAAUAGGAAAAAMGUACAUACCAGGGCAMCGUAAAAUGGGUUUGGCAAUAUUAGACAGCUCGAGACAGCCUUCAAGUUCAAAUCCUUGUCAAAGCAACAACGGUGGGUGUGAGUUCUUGUGUCUGCUGAAGCCCAAUGGUUUYAAGUGUGUUUGUCCAUUUGGCAAGGUUUUGCAGUCGGAUGGGAAAAAGUGCAAAAUUCCAGACUACGGAUGUCAGCAGCCAUGCAUCUAUCUCUCGAAUACAACUCACAUUAUGGCUGUAGAACCAAGUUUGACUCACCACCCGCUAGUCGUAGUUUCCAAUCUAAGUCGAGCAGUGGCACUUGAUGUUCACGGACAUGGUCCACAAGCAUCCCUUUUGAGCUUUUGCUCACGUUCACAAAAUCCUUGUCAAAGCAACAACGGUGGGUGUGAGUUCUUGUGUCUGCUGAAACCCAAUGGUUUUGACUGUGUUUGUCCAUUUGGCAAGAUUUUGCAGUCGGACGGGAAAAAGUGCAAAAUUCCAGAUUACGGAUGUCAGCAGCCAUGCAUCUAUCUCUCGAAUACAACUCACAUUAUGGCUGUAGAACCAAGUUUGACUCACCACCCGCUAGUCGUAGUUUCCAAUCUAAGUCGAGCAGUGGCACUUGAUGUUCACGUUAAUCAUGGAAUGAUCUUCUGGAGUGAUGUCCAAGAUAAAUCCAUCAAGAGAGCAAACGUUAAUGGAGGAAACAUUCAAGUCAUUGUGAAAGACAACGUUGGGGUUGUUGAUGGACUGGCCGUGCAAUGGAGGAAUGAUCUUCUCUACUGGACGGAUACAACAAACAACAAAAUUGAAGUUUCACGUCUGGAUGGUUCGAGAAGAAAAGUGUUGUUCUCUGAACACCUAGAUGAGCCGCGCGGGAUUGCAGUAGAUCCUGAUUCUGGGCUGAUGUUUUGGAGUGACUGGGGUUUAUUGCCAAAAAUAGAGCGCUCUUACCUAAAUGGAGAAAAUCGCCRAACGAUUGUUGACUCUUCUUUGGGAUGGCCCAACGACAUYGCUUUAGAUYACAMWGCAAAAAAGAUCUACUGGGUYGAYGCWAAAWUGRAUGUGAUAGAAUCGGCUGACUAUUCUGGGGCUGAUCGGAAUCAGCAUUUUGCGCACUCGGGCGUCCAUCCAUUUGGAGUAGCAAUAUUGCGAAAAUGGCUAUACUGGACCGACUGGGCUACCACCACUGGCCUUCAUCAAUUGAAUAGAACAUCUGGAAAACAUACGUCACAACUUUAUAUACCAGGAAGCCGGAAAAUGGGUCUURCAGUAUAUGACAGCUCAAGGCAGUCCUCAGGAUCAAAUCCUUGUCAAAGCAACAACGGUGGGUGUGAGUUCUUGUGUCUGCUGAAGCCCAAUGGUUUUAAGUGUGUUUGUCCAUUUGGCAAGGUCUUGAAGUCGGAUGGGAAAAAGUGCAAAAUUCCAGACAUUGGAUGUCAGCAGCCAUGUCUCUAUCUCUCCAACACAACGCACAUUUUGGUUGUUGACARAAACUUUAAUCAAUAUCCGCUUCCGGUUUUGUCGCAUCUCAGUCGUGCAGUGGCACUUGAUGUUCACGUCAAUCAUGGAAUGAUCUUCUGGAGUGAUGUCCAAGAUAAAUCCAUCAAGAGAGCAAACGUUAAUGGAGGAAACAUUCAAAUCAUUGUGAACGACAACGUUGGGGUUGUUGAUGGACUGGCCGUGCAAUGGAGGAAUGAUCUUCUCUACUGGGCGGAUACAACAAACAACAAAAUUGAAAUUUCACGUCUUGAUGGUUCGAGAAGAAAAGUGUUGUUCUCUGAACACCUAGAUGAACCACGAGAUAUCGCAAUAGAUCCUGAUUCUGGGCUGAUGUUCUGGACUGACUGGGGUUCAAAGCCMAAAAUAGAGCGUGCUUACCUAAAUGGAGAAAAUCGUCAAGAGAUUGUCAACUCAUCCCUGGGAUGGCCCAAUGGAAUCGUUUUAGAUUAUGCAUCAAAAAUGAUCUACUGGGUUGAUGCGAAAUUGGAUAUGAUAGAAUCGGCUGACUAUUCUGGGUUUAGUCGUAAUCAGCAUUUUUCCAMAACGGGCAUCCAUCCCUUCGGAGUUGCAAUAUGGGAUACAUUCCUGUACUGGACCGACUGGAGUACCACUACCGGUUUGCAUCAAUUGAAUCGAACGACGGGAAACCACACAAGGCAAUUWUAUAUACCUGGAARGCUUAUGGGUCUUGUAGUAUUUGACGGCUCAAGRCAAUCCWCAGUAAUUCAAGGAAGAAAUUGUUCAAGGUUUGUACCAMAACCCAAUACAGUACCACUGACAAAUUGUUCAAGCUUAGCGGGUUCUCAGUGCUCCUUCAAGUGCAGAAACGGCUAUUCCCUGACUGGUGGCUCAACUAUAGUGASUUGUAGUUUGAAUGGUACGUGGUCUGGUGAUGGACCAUCAUGUUCAGAUUCAACUCCACCUGUUUUCAACAAAUGUCCAGGAAACCUAACUAAAUACGCUGGGAAAGACCAAACCGCUCUUGUCRAUUGGUCAUUUCCAAAUGCCACAGACAACUCCGGUUCUCCACCAACAGUUUCAUCAUCGAGUAUUCCUCCAUURCGUCUUCGUGAAGGAAUGCAUUAUGUCACUUAUACCGCAACAGAUCAAGCAGGAAACAAAGCAACCUGUUCUUUUAAAGUAACAAUUAAAGUGAUCAGAUGUAUAUCUCCAAACCCRAGUGGCGCUCUUUAUAAGACUGGAUGCGMAAACCAUUAUGGGGGAACAUGUAAUUUUACAUGYACCGUUGGAUACAGAAUGAUUGGAAAUGCAACCUUGAAUUGUUUAUCGACAAAUGGCACCUCACUAGGGGUGUGGGAUAGUCAGAUGCCWCAUUGUGAAGAGGUUGUGUGUCCAGCUCUUGCUACUCCUUCCAAUGCGGUCAAGUCUAACUGUCAUGGACAGGUCAAUGAGUCCAUUGGAACUGUAUGUCAGUUUUCUUGUGUACAUGGAUUCCAACCAUCUGCCUCGCAAACAAGAAAAUGUCUUGCUAAUGGAACUUGGAGUGGAAAGACGUUGGYUUGCAGUGCUGUCUCCUGUCCUCCUCUUGCACAACCAAAGUUUGGUUCUGYCCAACCACCGCAAUGCCUUAAUGGCGGGAAAUAUAAUGAUGUUUGCUCUUUCGCUUGUCAAAAUACGUUUCGAAUGAAAGGGACUGGAACGAGAACAUGCGCAAUGAGCGGUCAGUGGACUGGAAGUAAUGAUACCUAUUGCGAGGAUGUAACUCCACCAACAUUCUCGAACACGUGCCCCAUUGACAUGGUCCUGAAUCUUGGAGAAUGUGCAAGUAAUAUCUCUGUGAAUUGGAAUGUACCUGUUGCCACAGAUAACUCUGGAAGUGUUAAAGUACACGGAMCAAAUUUGGGGCCUCCACUGACUUUGGGUGAAGGGAUUUACUCGGUAAAUUACACGGCAGAAGAUGCUAMUGGAAACCGAAGAAGCUGUAUCUUCAAGAUUCAAGUUACAAGAAAAAGAUGCACAAACCUUUCUCCUCCUGMAAAUGGUGUGAUAAUAUCGAUGUCUUGCAGUAGCUAUUUCGGUUCUGUAGCAUCCAUCGAUUGUAAGCCUGGCUAUCACAUCAAUGGUGCAAAAACAAGAGCUUGCUUGUCCAAUGGUCAAUGGUCUGGUGUGUCCACUACGUGCAGCCAAAUUACAUGCAAACCAUUGCCGACAUUAAUGUUUGGCACGGUAGAGCCAGCUUCAAUWUGCGAUUCUGGACUUCCUGUGUAUUCUGGUCGUCAAUGUUAUUUCAAAUGUAACACCACAAAUGGAUUCAAAAUUGUUGGCCCGACGCAGGCUACUUGCACUGUGAAUGGCACCUGGUCUACAGAUAUCGACAAAAUAUCUUGUAAAGAUAUUCAACGUCCAGUCCUCAAAUGUCCAAAAGAUUUAACWGCCAAUACAGAUGCUGGGAAGGCUUUUGCUACAUUGUCUUGGAAUGUACCAGAGCCUCACGAUAACUCCGGCGAGAAGCUGAAGUUAACAUCAGAGGAUAACAUAAAACCUCCUCAUCGCUUCAAGAUUGGGCAAAAGAUUAUUUCCUACAGCACAGUUGACUCUUCCGGACUAAACGCUAGCUGUUCUUUCAAGAUCACAGUUAAAGAUGGCGAGCCACCCAAAGUGAUCUUUUGCCCUCCAAAAAAAGAAGUCAAAAGUGAAAAAAGAUGGAUCAAUGUGCAUUUCCCAAAAGCCAAGUUCAAGGAUAAUGUUGGCGUGGAUCACAUUGUCACCAAUCCUUUAAACGGUUCCAAGUUUUUGUGGGGAACCCAUAAUGUCACACAAACAGCGUACGACAAAGCUGGGAAUAUCGCCAAGUGCAUCAUGAAGCUCAAAGUUGAAUCGUAUAAUAAAUGUAAACGACCUUCUCCUCCUGAGAAUGGAGCCAUUGCGUGCGAUAAUAUGCCCGUAGUAAUGUUCUGUACUAUCCACUGCAACAAGGACUAUGCUUUUUUCAAAAAACCGCCGCAACAUUUAUUAUGUGAUUCAAAUGGAAAGUGGAAUGUGGACUUGAAUAAAGAUAUCCCAGAUUGUUCAGAGGCGACUGAAUCCAGUGCUAAGCUCGGUGGCACACUUCACUACCUUGUGGAAAACUGCGAUGAACAAGACCCUAAUGAAGUAAAAGUGAAAUUUUUAGACAUUUUGAAAUUAAUAUUGUAUGAAGCUUUCCCAGUCUACUGCUCAUUAGAUGCUUGCAAACUCGAUAACAUAUAUGUCAAAUGUGGAAAAAAAGAUGACGAACGACGUAGAAGAAAUACACAAAACAUCAAUAGACUCGAGAUUGAUUUCCAGAUGAAGAUACCUUUUCCAAAAAAUCAGUCUUCUAACAUCAACAAAACUGUUCAAAACAUGCAGACUUCAGUUUUUCAGUCACUCAACAAAAGCGCUUCUACAAUUGAAAUCCGUGGAGUUAAGCUUAAGCUGGAAAGUCCUCCAACUUUAAGAUUUGUUGGCUUGAGUUGUAAGGACGGAUUUGUGCUGAACGGUGCUAUUUGUGCUGCAUGUCCUCCAGGGUAYUACUACGAGUCAUCAAGCAAGUCAUGCUCAAUCUGCCCAGUGAAUCAAUACCAGAAAAAAGAAGCACAGAUGUCCUGUUUGGCAUGCCCUUCUGGAACAUCAACCCUCAACAGUAAAGGAUCAAAGACAUGCAAAG